AUGACGACCCCCGAAGAUGCCUUUCAACUGCUCGCCGGUGUCUUCGCUUCUCGGGGCGAUGAUAUCCUCGAGAUCGAGAUCAUCCCGCCGAGUCUAGGCUCCCCAUUUCUCCAAGAUGGGUGUUUCAUCGGCAUCACGAAGAAGACUCUGGUGCAAGCCUAUACGGUCGCACGACAACUCUUCUUUAAAAAUCUCAUGUCCAUGGCGGAGGAUGAGCUGCUCGCCAAUCUCCUGAACAAGAAUCACAGCGCGGAUACAGUGACAGAUCAUGUUAUCACCGAGAUUAUGCUGCUCUUCGACUGCGAACAUUUAACAGCGUGUAAUUGGCGCAAGGGACGACUGUUGGCUGCUCUCGCGCGUGACCCUGGUGCUCUAGAUCGACCCUCCCAGCUGCUUCAGGUCUUGAGGACGGAGCUUACGCUAUUGCAGAGCUAUCAAUGCUCACCACUGCACCGACAUACCAAAUCGCCCACCUUGUGGUCGCAUCGACUGUGGGUGCUGAAACAGCUCCUUAAACUCGAAGAUCAAUGCCCUGAGUCUCUGCUAGAUAUGGAACGCCAUGAGCUGGCCAUCGUCCUGCGCGCUGCAGAGCUUCACCCAAAGAACUACUAUGCAUUCACCUAUGUGCGCCAGCUCCACGCUCUCCUCGCAAAAGCCUCGGUUGAGACCAAGGAUGCUUCAAGUUGGGCAGCCGUACUGGCGAGAAAGCAAGUGAAUCCCGUUCUAGACUGGUGUCUCGCCAAUCCUCGCGAUAUCUCUGGCUGGGCUUUUGGGAUGUAUUUGCUCGGUCAUGUCCCGGACCGACAGCUCCGAGGCGAUGCCGUUGGUAGGGUGCUUCGUUUUGCGCGGGACGUGGGAUGGGAAGGGGAGAGUUUGUGGACAUUUAUUGACCUGACAGUGCGCCAAUUUGAUCUCGAGGACGUGAUGGAUGAUGUAUUCAUCCACGAUCAAGAGAGGCAAGAUCCUGUAUCCAGCACAGAAUCCCAAAUCUCUCCAACGAAGUGGCCGUGGCGAGCCCGGCUAGCCAGGGCGAAAGGCUAUUGGGUUGUCAAUAGAUCCAGCCAUGAUACAUAG